AUGGGAACAGAAGAAGGAACAAUAGGAAGUUCGCAAGGAAGAAAAGAUCUUCUAAAUAAUGCCAUAAUUAAAGUACGAAAUAGAUUAAGAAUACGGCAUAAGCAUAACGAAGAUGAUGAUGAAUAUCAAGUGGGAUCUAGUGAUAUGCAGGUCAAUCCAAUUACUCCAAUUGAUAUGGAUGAUAAAGAUAUUAAAAAUAAUGUAAUAGAAAACCAUACGGAAGAAAUAAUACCUAAUGAUAGUUUAUAUGAUAUUGAAAAUAAUGAACUCCCGAUAGGUGAAGUAUUAACUCGUACGCAUUCCUCUUUAUCAAAUAUGUUUUCAGAGCCGGCCAUGCCACAAUCUAAUAUAGUAUCGAUUGUCGUUGGUGCAUUCGUUACCGUAGCCGGGUUUUUAUUUGGUUACGAUACAGGUCUUAUUAACAGUGUUUCAGAAAUGCCUUAUUUUUUGACACACAUGACACAUGAUCAACAUUCAUUAAGCACCAAGGAAAGAUCUAUUGUAGUGUCAUUUUUAGCAUUAGGUACAUUCUUUGGUGCGUUAUCUGCACCAUAUAUUGCAGACAAACAUGGUAGAAAAUUACCAAUCAUAAUUAGUUCGUUAGUCAUUUUCACCACUGGUAACGCAUUACAAGUUGCAUCCAAAACUUUAACAUUAUUAACUGCAGGAAGAGUUGUAUCAGGUUAUGGGAUCGGUAUUAUGUCUGCUGUUGUUCCUCUAUAUCAAGCAGAAACGGUUAAUAGAUAUCUGAGAGGUUCCAUCAUUUCUAUGUAUCAAUGGGCUAUUACUUGGGGACUUUUGGUUUCGUGUGCAGUCGCAUUGGCGACUAAGAAUAAGAUGGAUCCCUCCUCAUAUAGGAUACCUAUUGGUCUUCAAUUUAUCUGGAAUACAAUUCUUGGUAUUGGUGUAAUGUUUCUGCCUGAUUCACCUCGUUACUAUGUCCUGAAGGAUGAUUUGACCAGUGCUGCUAAAUCCUUAUCCUUUUUAAGAGGUGUUCCGGUCCAUGAUUCAGGUUUAUUAGAAGAAUUGGUGGAAAUUAAAGCUACAUAUGAUUAUGAAGCGUCUGUAGAAUCUUCUUCGAUCUUGGAUUGUUUUAGAACCACGGAAAAGAGGCCCAAACAAACUCUGAGAAUGUUUACAGGAAUAGCAAUUCAAGCAUUUCAACAAUUUUCUGGUAUUAAUUUCAUUUUUUAUUAUGGUGUGAAUUUUUUCGCUAGCACUGGUAUUCACAAUAGUUAUAUCAUUUCAUUAACCACGUAUGCUGUCAAUGUACUAUUUAAUAUUCCAGGUUUGUUUUUUGUUGAAUAUUUUGGUAGAAGAAAAAUUCUGUUAUGUGGUGGUAUUAUUAUGGCAAUCUCUAAUUUAAUUAUUGGUAUUGUUGGUGUUUCUAUUGAUGACAUUAAAGCUGAUAAGAUUAUGAUUGCAUUUAUUUGUGUAUUUAUUGCUGCGUUUUCUGCUACAUGGGGUGGUGUUGUUUGGGUUGUCUCAGGUGAAUUGUAUCCCUUGGGUAUAAGAGCCAAAUGUGCAGCUAUAUGUGCAGCAACUAAUUGGUUAGUAAAUUUUAUUUGUGCGUUAAUCACACCUUAUAUUGUUGAUGUGAAGGAUCAUACUUCUAAUAUUGGUUCCAAGAUUUUUUUCAUUUGGGGUAGUUUAAAUGCAUUAGGUGUUAUCACAGUAUAUUUCAUGGUAUAUGAAACUAAAGGUUUAGUAUUAGAAGAUAUUGAUGAAAUAUAUAAGAAAUCCAAGAAUGCCAUGGAUUCGAGUAAAUGGAAUGAACAAAUCAGAAGAGAAGAAGAAGAGCGUGCAGUGGUUCAUGUACCUACCUCAACGUUACCAUUCGAGCGAGAAUUAGAAACGAUAGAUAAUGGGUAUCCAAUAAGUGUUAUUCAAGGUAGUAGUAAUGGGACGCCGUCCACUAAUAAUGUUGUGUAUAGAAUGAACAAUUGUGCUUCGCUAAAUACAGAUUAUGGUAAAGAAUGUUAUGAAUUAAAGAUUAGUUCUACAUUAAAUUCUAGUGGAUUCAAUGAAAGUUCGAUACAGAAUAGUAGUUUAAGAGGACCAAUACCUGAAGUUAAUGAAUUUGAUAAAUAUAUGAUGACAGAGUCUAAGAGUAAAGAUCGGAACAGUCAACAUUAUAGUCAUCAUGAUAUUUUACCAAACAUUAAUCACAUUCCAAUCUCAUCUGAUAAGAGUAUAGGUAUUGCUACUAAUUGUAGUAAUACUAAUCCAGAUAAUAAUUAUUUGGAUCUAGGUAAUGGAUUAGGUUUAAACACAUAUAAGAGGGGCCCACCCUCUAUUUCACCUGGAUCAUCUAUAGAUCUAGAUGAUCGCAACAAUGAAGAUCAUAAUUCUAGUUCAUUGAACUAUAGUGAAGAUCGUCAACAAAUGGAUAAGAUUAAUGAUUAUAUGGCCCAAAUCAUGAAUAAUGACACAAACAGUGGUUCGGCAAGAUCGCAAGGAUACACACAUUCGCAACAUUUCAACUCUGAAUAUAUCGAUCUGGGUGAUGGGUUAAACCUAAAUAUCAUGAGUCGUGGGCCACCCGAUAUUCUUUCAGAUUCUAGCGAUGAUGCAGGCAAUGAUUAUGACCGUAGUCCCUCCCCUGAUUUCAUAUCCAAGGGAUAA